UCCCGGUUCUGGAUACAGGCUCUAAAGAUCUCACCUUGACUCCGGCGGCGGCGGCGUAUCGGCCGGAGGGCAACGGUGUCGGGAGGCGGCGCCGGCGUGGGGUAGUUGGACGUGCUCAGCUCAUCAGGGGAAGCGGCGACGGCUCAACUGGCAAAUGGGCCGUAGCAACGAGGGACUUCCAAAAUCCAACGGCCGGUACGGGUACACGUGGCGUACCUGCCGCUACGCGCACCCGUAAGUGUACCCGCGCUCGGGACGCCGGCCGGAGUCGCGCUCGCAUCGUAUGGCCCUGGCCUCCCUCGCGGCCUCGCUCCCAAUCGCCGCCGCCGCGAGAUUCCGCGUCCGCCGCGCCAUGGCCUCCGUAGCCGCAGCCUCCGCCGCGCCGGCGAGGGUAGGCGUGGUACAGAUGACCUCCGUGGGGGACAUCGACGCCAACUACGCCACCUGCUCUCGCCUCACCAAGGAAGCAGCUGCUUCUGGAGUGAAGUUUCUUUGCUUCCCUGAGGUAUUCUCAUUCAUAGGCUCCAAGGAUGGUGAGUCUGUUAAGCUGGCCGAACCAUUAGAUGGGCCAAUAAUGCAGAGAUAUUGCUCACUUGCAAAAGAAUCAAGCAUGUGGUUAUCUCUUGGAGGGCUUCAAGAAAAGGGACCUGAUGAUUCUCACCAGUACAAUACUCAUGUAUUGAUUGAUGAUUCUGGAAAAGUUAGGAGUUCAUAUCGAAAAAUACAUUUAUUUGAUGUGGAUGUACCUGGCAAUAUGGUGUACAAGGAAAGCCGUUUCACAACUGCAGGAGAUACAAUUGUUGCUGUGGAUAGCCCUUUUGGACGGUUGGGGCUUACUGUUUGCUAUGAUUUGAGAUUUCCAGAGCUUUAUCAAAUUUUGCGUUUUAAGCAUCAAGCACAGGUCUUACUAGUACCAUCCGCGUUCACAAAGGUAACUGGGGAGGCACACUGGGAAAUUCUCCUCCGUGCUCGUGCAAUUGAGACACAAUGUUAUGUUAUUGCUGCAGCUCAAGCUGGAAGGCACAAUGAGAAAAGAGAAAGCUAUGGUGAUUCUAUAAUUAUUGACCCAUGGGGAACAGUGAUAGCUCGACUUCCAGAUCGGCUCUCCACUGGAUUUGCAGUAGCAGAUCUUGACUUGUCAAAAGUUGGGGCUGUGAGAACUAGAAUGCCGAUCUCAGAGCACCGGAAGUUUGACAGCGAAUGGAAAUCCUCAUUUCUGUAAUAGCUGGGAGCUGGUCUUGUAUUUCCUUUAUUUGUACAUUCACAUUUGAGAUAUUCUUGUCUGCAUAAUUGCCACAGGCUUUGGCCAAUGGUUUGACGAUAGGGAAUCCAGUAGGACAAGAUGUUGAACCAAAUAAGCUGCACUUGUAGCAUUGAGCACAAAUUGGGCGUAGGAAUAAUGCAUUCGGUGUUAGUUCACAACUUGUAAUGCCAAUAUUGUGAUGACAAAUCUUAGACGAACACUCUUUGAGGUGGAAUAUGUAAUCAGUUUUCAGUCU